AUGGGUACCGGCUUGCUGAGUCAAUUUGAAGAGAUGACGGUGUUCAGCGUCGAAGCCAUGUCGGCUGUUGUCGCUUGGGAUGACGUGUGUGACAAGCUCGAGGACUCUGCGCUGCAACAAGAGCUCAACAUCAGUGAUCGGGAGUUGGCCCAGGCCGACAGGAUCCUGCGGCAAGUCAUGGAUGCUUCUCAUGACCGCCGCAGCAACAUAAAAGCGCGUUUAGCUGCUUUCACGCCUCCUGCGCCUCAAGCAGACAAGUUGGAAGCAGCCAAGGCAGCAAAG